AUGCUUUUGGACUAUUACUGUACAGAUCAUGAGAGCGUAUGUUGUAGAUACUGUACUUCUAUUGAACACAGGGUUUGUCAGACCAUACUUCUAUUGGAACUUGCCUCGAAGGAUGUUAAAAAUUCUACACUGUUUAACGAUGUAACGGAAGACAUAAAUCAUCUUAUUACAACAUUGAAAGCUUUAGACAAUAACAGACAGUCAAACUUACAAUUACUAAUAAAUGCUGAAUCAGCAAUAACUAAGAAGAUUCAAUCAGCAAAAUCAAAAUUAAUAAAACGGAUUGACUAUUUGGAAAGUGAACUUACUGCACGUGUGUUAACUCUUCGACGAAAACAUGAGGCAUAUAUCAACAAACAAAAAGAAGAAACAUCAAAAGUCUUAGACAAAUUAAAGGAAAACAAAAACGAAAUGGAUUUUUUGAAAGAUCAUGGGUCGAAUAAUCAGUUAUUUAUAUCCUUGUGUUAUCAUGUGACACAUAUUCAAUGGACAGGUAAAAAAUAA